AUGCCUUGGGGGGCUCGUGGAAAUCACCAACCCAAAGCAAAUCGGAAUAGGCAAACCUAUUCUUCUCCCUGGCAACAAAAGAUUGCGCAACAGAGGAAGUCUCUUCCUAUUGCUCCGGUUGAGAAGAGAUUAAUCCAAGAGGUUCGGAAGAAUGAUAUUUUGAUUAUUGUUGGUGAAACUGGAAGUGGAAAAACUACACAGAUUCCUCAGUUUUUAUUUGAUGCUGAAUUUUGCCGCGAUGGAAAAGUUAUUGGAAUAACUCAGCCUAGACGUGUUGCUGCUGUCACUGUGGCCAAACGAGUUGCUGACGAAUGUGGUGUUGAGUUGGGCCAAAAGGUUGGGUACUCUGUUAGAUUUGAUGAUUCUACUUCGAACUCAACAAGGAUCAAAUAUAUGACUGAUGGAUUGCUUCUGAGGGAAGCACUACUGGAUCAGUAUCUUUCUAAGUAUUCUGUUAUAAUUGUUGAUGAAGCACACGAGAGAACCGUGCACACUGAUGUCUUGUUGGGAUUGCUAAAACGUGUGCAAGUUGCUCGUUCAAAAUCUAUCAGUGAUGGUCAGAACCUUAAAAAUGGGAACAAGAGUUCUCCGUUGAAGCUAAUCAUCAUGUCUGCAAGUCUUGAUGCUCGCACUUUCUCUGAGUACUUUGGUGAUGCAAAAGCUGUUCACAUCCAAGGGAGACAGUUUCCUGUGGAUUUAUUUUAUACUCGUUUUCCAGAAACAGAUUAUUUAGAUGCUGCCUUGAUAACGAUUUUCCAGGUUCAUCUAGGCGAGCCCCCCGGUGAUAUACUAGUAUUUCUGACCGGGCAAGAGGAGAUUGAAUCUGUUGAAAGGCUUAUCAAUGAGCGACUUACAAAUACAAAGUUACCUGAAGGAAGUCAGAAGCUUCUACCUGUGCCUAUAUUUGCAGCUCUUCCAUCUGAGCAGCAAAUGCGAGCAUUUGCACCGGCUUCAUCUGGAUUUCGCAAGGUGAUAUUGGCAACUAAUAUUGCUGAGACAUCAAUUACGAUUCCUGGAAUCAAGUAUGUAAUUGAUCCUGGACUUGUAAAAGCGCGUUCCUAUGACCCUGGAAAAGGCAUGGAAUCUUUGAUUGUAGUACCUACAUCCAAGUCCCAGGCACUGCAAAGAAGUGGACGUGCAGGGCGUGAAGGACCUGGAAAAUGCUUUCGUCUAUAUCCAGAAAAUGAAUUCGAGAAACUUGAGGACUCUACAAUGCCAGAAAUUAAGCGCUGCAACCUUGCUAAUGUGAUUUUGCAGCUUAAGGCUUUGGGUGUUGACGACAUAUUAGGAUUCGAUUUCAUUGAGAAACCUUCAAGGACAGCUAUUGUAAAAUCAUUGGAGCAGCUAUUUUUAUUAGGUGCUUUAACAGAUGACUGUCAACUAUCUGAUCCAGUUGGACGGCAAAUGGCUCGACUGCCCUUGGAUCCUAUUUAUUCCAAAGCUCUUAUUUUAGCUAGUGAGUAUAACUGCUUGGAAGAGAUGUUGAUAACUGUUGCAAUGCUUUCUGUGGAAUCAAUAUUUUAUACUCCGCGUGACAAGUAUGAAGAGGUAAGAAUGGCAACUAAGUGCUUUGCAAGUCCAGAGGGAGACCACAUCACUUUGAUUAAUGUGUAUAGAGCAGCUAUUGAUUUAUUGGAGAAGAGAACAAUGGGCACGAAUAAAGCAAAAAGCGAAAAAGUUUUGAGAAAAUGGUGCAAAGAAAAUUUUAUCAAUAGCCGUUCUCUUAGACAUGCUCGUGACAUUCACAGGCAGAUAAAAGGACAUGCUCAACAAAUGGGUCUGAAACUUGCUUCUUGUGGAGAUGAUAUGCUUCAAUUUCGCAGAUGCCUUGUUGCUUCCUUUUUCCUCAAUGCAGCUGUAAAGCAGCCAGAUGGAACCUACAGGGCGUUGGCAAGUGGUGAAGUGGUGCAGAUCCACCCUUCUUCUGUAUUGUUCCGGAAAAAACCAGAGUGCAUUAUAUUUAAUGAACUGAUCCAAACUACUAACAAGUAUGUUCGCAAUUUAACCAGAGUUGACCACCUAUGGUUAACUGAACUGGCUCCUCAGUUUUAUGCCAUGCAGAAUUAA